AUGGCACACUCCCACGAAACAAAAGUUCCUAAACGUGCUUCUUUUUUACGUGGAGUUUUCGGUGGUGGUGCUGCACGUCCACGGACAGAUGUUUCUAUCGUAGAUACUUUAGGUUUAGAUCCUCUUAUUGCGGAAUCUAGUGAAGUAAAUGGUGAAGACGCUCAACCACCACCACAACCUUCUAAUAAUCUCAAGAAAGGAAAACCUAUAGAUACUAAACUCCUUGUUCAAGAACUACGAAAACCAUAUCCUUUACUCACGCUCAUUAAACUUGUUAGAGAAUUAUGUAACAUAGUAACAAAAUACACUUUCUCAGAUAUGGCUGAAGUCUGGUUUUGUGUUAACGAACUUCUUACUCCUGAUAGGCCAUUUGAUGCGAGAAACGUUGCUUUUCAGUUCAUGAUAGCUUGUAUUAAAAGUCAACAUCGUGAUAAUUUAGGGUUUCUUAGAAUAAUAUUUUAUGAUUGUAUCAAAUCUCAUAAUAUUAAAGAGGAUUUUGAGAUUAGGUUAUUAGCUUUAAAAGAACUUUGUAAUGAUGGAAGAGAUAUUUCUUCUUUCGAAAAAAAUUUAGUAAAAUUGCUUUCAGAAUGGGUUAAUGAGACAGUACAACAAUUGGACGAUCAAUCAACAUGUAUUCAUCAGAACGAACAGGCGAAACCUAUUCCCCCAUUAUCAUCAUCUUCCACGACUUCUUCACAAGAUGUGGUUAGUUUAUUAAUAAAUGUGAUCAAAUUUCAUUUCGCACAAUUUGAGGAACCUGAUAUUUCUCGGCUCAUUGAAGAUAUAGCAAUCGCUUGUAAGAAAUCUAAGGACAUUCCAGAUAUUGAAUGUUGUCUGAGAUUUUGGGAUGUUGUUGUACGUUAUGGUUAUGUGCCAACAAUUUCAUUGAAAUCAUAUGUUGAUGUACUAUGCGAUAAACUUAAUCAAGAAGGUUCAAUUUCACAAAAAAGUUGGCAUAUUAUGCGGAACCUUUUAAAGAGUCAUUGUGCAUAUAGCACAAUCAAAAUUCUUUGCAGUAAUUUGGAGAAUAGUGAGUCUGUCACUUCUCCGCAGAUCUUGCGUGGUUCUGUUUUAUUUUUGGGAUGGGCAAUAUGGGGCCCAGAAGGGAUUGAUUCUCUUUCACAUACUUAUUCCACUGUCCUUUCUGCAAUGAGACAGGCCAUAAAUAAUUGUGGUGAUGUUGAUGUUCAUUGUGAAAUUUUAAUACAAAUCAAUGAUCUUAUCGCAAAAUAUGAAAAGAACAUUACUUCAUUGGAGUGGGAAAUUAUAAUAGAUAUUUUGGAUCAUACCAAAUAUCAUUUGUUAGAUAAUGGUCCUUUAGCAGGAAGAAAUACAAUAAUGUCCGAUAAUCCUACAAACAUAUAUUCAGUUGAUAAUGAUGGGUCAUCAAUGGUGGUUAAUGCUUAUAGUAGGGUGAUAUUUCAAAUACAAUCUCUGCACAUGUUAUCUUCUUUCGAAGGUCCAACCUUACGAUUCAUUGCUCUUAUUCAGGCAUUAAGAGAUUAUGUUUCUGAAAAUACCAUUUUAAUGUUACUUGAUUAUUACGAUUCUGAACAUUUGCUUUACCCAUCAUCUCCGGAUUGGCUUGCAUUAUUAGUUGAUGUGGUGAACACAUUUUACAUAGCUAAAGUUCCUUCAAGGAUACGUCAACGCGUUCUCUCUAUGACGGUUGAUGUCUAUGAAACUACAAAAGAUUUUUAUCUGGAUAAACUUCUUGAAGCUGUUAUAUUACCAAUGUUUAUGGAUUUCCCUAGGGAUAAUGACAUUGAAGUUAUUAAUAAUUCUAUGGACUUUUUAGUUUCUGUAUUAAAAGAGGUAUCGGACCAUUGGUUUAAUCCUUUGCUCAAAAUUCUAGUACAAUGCGUUCCUUGCGUUUGUCAACAGCGCCCAAAUCAUCUUGCGGGAUGUAAAAGUUCAAUUUCAAUUAAUGGCCUUAUCAGCAUAUUUCAGCAUUGCUUGUAUAAAGUUGAUUCACCCGCACAAAGUGUACAAGUGUAUGAAGAAAUGAUAAGUCUCCUCGAUGACUUUUCAACUCCCGUGAUAUGUCGUCUUGCAUUGUUACAGCUAUUUGCUCGUAUGAGAGCUGAUAAUGAUCAUAGGAUUUAUUUCAUAGAGGACGUGGAUGUUGUGAGUGGAGCUUAUAUUUUACAUCGGAAUAAAUCUAUUAUUGAGAAUACUUCACCCCCCGUAAAUUCAGAAAAAUUUAUAAACGGUACGGGUUCUACUGGUUUAGGAGUUGAGCUUAAAACUAGUUUUAAAAAAAAGAUCGAGCGAAGGUCUAGUUUGAAAGAAGUGGCUUCAAUACUUCUUGAUCGAAGGGAAAAUAAUAGUAAAUCUACUCCUCUUCAAGUAGAAAAUAGCAAUAUCCCCGAGGAAGAGAUCAUUACCCCGUUGGAACGUCUUUGGCAAAUUCCUGAAAUUUUACGAUGUCGGCUUACAGCUUUACGUCCUAGUCCAUAUGUACUUUGUUUUGAUAAGUCAUCAAAUAACAAAAUCAAUGCUAAUCAGGAGAAUUUCGUCCAAGAUCAUGGCAAUUUGAAAUCGGAUUCAACCGAUGCGAUAUUCUUGCCGAUCAAUUUAUAUUUACAAUGCCUAAUUGACAUUCUCACUAAAGAAAAGGAUUGGGAGAUCUAUUCUUAUGUUUUGUGUUUUCUCCCAAUACAAUUGAGCAAGAAACAUUUAUUCUGCGCAUGCUAUGAACAAAUUCGUACUUUAAGAAGUUGUUUAUGUGAUUGGAUUUCGAAUAGUCGAUUUGCCAAAGGCAUGUUAUUACCGAAUGAUAUCAAGAAGAUGGAUAUCUAUGCGGUAGUUUACCAAACUUUAACUGUUCUCAUCAGCUAUCGCGACUUGUUUAAUAAAUCACAACGAGAUGAACUAGUUUUGGCUUUUCACGUUGGUUUACAAAAAUGGGCUCAUACCGCAAAGCCUUGUAUUCAUGCACUUAAUAUCUGCUUAUUUGAAUUACCUCUUUCAUCUACAAAACUUCUUCCAGACACUCUAAAUAAAUUAUCGCAGAUUAUAACAACGGCAACAAUGAGCGUUCAUAUUCUUGAAUUUCUUUCUGGGUUAGCAAGGCUUCCACACCUUUAUGUAAAUUUUACGGAAGCUGAUUACAAGCGUGUAUUUGGAAUUGCCAUGCAAUAUAUUCAAUACAGCCAGACAGUUUCAUCAACUUCUACUCCAAACAGUAGUAGCCAUAAUCAACCAAAUACGUCGUCAAGUUCUACAACAUCAGCAAGUUCGCAAAGUACCAAUGCUUUAUCACAAUAUGAAAGAGUUAUGGCAUAUCAUGUCAUUUAUAUUUGGUUCAUGUCUUUAAGGCUCCCAGAACGCCAAAAGUAUGUGACUUUUAUCGUUCAUGGUUUAUUACUUGCGAAUGGGUCGAAUCCAAAAGUGGACGAACAAACUGAAACAUGUUUUGACAUGCUUGCGCGUUACACAUUUGCUAAUUGUGAUCCUAAACCCGAACAAUCUUUUAUUAAUCAAAUUUUAUUAGAACAAGGGAAGGAUAAAGUAAUAUCUCGUACUUGGGUUCAAGGGAAUGCGUUCUUAACCAUGCGUACAAUGAAGUCAUUUGGUUGGGCAGAGAUUAUAGUUCGUCGGCCAUCUGGUAGUGUAGCAUUCUUGUGCAAAGUUGAAAAUCGAAACAAGUUGGAAGAUGCAGAUUUCAUAACUUUGCCUGCAACUUUAAUGGCUCAUUAUGAUCCUGAAUCUCAGAAUAUUAUAACCCUUCCCGAAAGUGCAAUUGACUUAGCUUCUGAAAAAUUAGAAACCAAUGAUCCUAUAAGAGGAGGAGAAGUAGUAGUAGUAAAUAAUCAGACUAAUGUUGAGAACACAAGUCCUCUUGUGAAAGUGCAAGAAACUAAGGUGGAGGAAAGAAAUGGAAAUUCUACUUUAGAAUCGGAUAGUUCAUCAUCAGCAAAUAAUUCACCACAUCUUGUUUCUUCAAAAUUAGAGACUAAUUCUAAUACAGGAUCUUCAGAAAAUGAUAGCGAGACAUCCGUAACUAAUUUACAAACGGAGGCCUUACCGGGUUCCGAGAAUUACUUUGAGCAAUACAAUAAUUUAACUGAUGAUAUUAACGAACCACCUACCUCAAAUGCAUUAAAAGAAAAACACGUGAUCAAUGAAAUUUUCACUGAUCCUGCAAGUUUAAUUGCUGAUAAGAAUAUGUAUCGCAAGGAUGAUCCCCAUAUUAAUCCAAGCUUUUUAUUCUUGCAAAUUUCUCCUUAUCCCGAUCUCAUAUCUAAAGAGGCUCCUCGACCUUUACCAGACGAAGAAUCUACAAAUCGGGCAUUAUCAGUAUUGGAUCGUACGCCAGUCGUAGAUUUUCACAAGAUUGGCGUAUUAUAUGUUGGAAAAAAUCAGACCGAUGAAAUUGAAAUACUUUCUAACGUUCAUGGAUCACAAGAUUAUAUAGAAUUUCUGAAUAAAUUGGGUAACUUGGUUCGACUAAAAAAUUGUAAAAAUGUAUAUACUGGAGGUCUGGAUACAGAGUAUGAUAUAGAUGGGGAAUACGCUUAUUAUUGGAAAGAAGAUAUUACUCAAGUGAUAUUUCAUUGUGCUACUUUGAUGCCAACAGAUUUGGAUCGUGAUCCUCAAUGUGCUGGAAAGAAGAGACAUAUUGGCAAUGACUUUGUUACAAUCGUGUUUAACAAUUCCGGACAAGAAUAUGCAUUUGAUACACUACCAAGUCAUUUUAACUUUAUAAAUAUUGUUAUUUCUCCUCAUUCUCAUCAAGACUUUUUCAUUUCUUCCUUACAAUCAUCGAAAACAAAUAAUAAUUCAUUCUUCAAGGUUAUAAUGCAGCGUCGUUCAGAUAUGCCUGAAAUUGGACCAAUAACAGAAUUUAAAAUGGUAUCAGCGGCAGCUUUACCAGCAUUCGUUCGUCAAAUGGCAUUACAUGCAAACAUAUUCGCUCAAGUAUUUUUACAAAGUGGAGGCAGUAGAAAUGUAGAGUAUGUAUCUAAUUGGAAAGAUCGUUUAAGGCAAAUAAAACGUUUAAAAGAACGAACCGGAAGUAACACAUCACACGAUAAUCAAGUUGAUAUGAAUACAGUGUUGGGAUUGGAACCUGUUAUCGACUUUACUCGAUAUACUUGA